AUGGCGGAUAGCAACCCGGACAGCAUCAAGAGAUACACGCCUCCCGUGCACAGGAAUCGUGCAAACAAUCGCCGCAAGGCUGGAGAUAGGGCUGAGAAAGCCAACUAUUCAUACAACAAUGAUGGAGAGAAGAGCCAUGUUCCUUCACUAAAGAACCUUCCUCCAAUUAUCCAUCAUGAUGCGUUUGUCAGCAAUGCUCAAAAUGAUUACAGUCAUGCCAGAUUAAUACCAUUGGAAGGAUGUUCUGCCAGUGAGGCUUCACAGCUUCUCAGUGAACGUUGGGCUGCUGCAAUGAACAUGUAUAAUGACCCAAAUGAUUCCCCUGAUAAACCAGUGAUGUACGCUGGAUCUGGCGGAUUGUCAUGGGGUCAAGGUCACAUGAAACUUCCUCAUCAGAUGAACUUCCUCGAAGAUCUGCGUCGUGCGGUAGAUGCUCAAACGGGCCUGGCAGCGGCGCUCAGCACCUGGAACUAA